AUGCCAACACCGCAGCAGCCGCCGCAACAGCCGCCGCCGCCCCAGCCUCAGCAGCCGCCUCAGCAACAGCAGCAGCAGCCUCAGCAGCCGCAGUAUGGAGCGUUUCUGAUGGCGAUUGGAGCCGGGUUCGCGGCACCACCCCCAGCCUUCAUGGGAAUGGCAAUGGGUAUGAUGAACGGCAACGGCGCCCUCCCUCCAGGAGGUCCUCCAGGUUGUCCACCAGGGCAGCCGGGGCCCCCGCCACUGCGCCCUGAAUUCAACCUCACAAUCAAAGACAACACUCGCCCUGGCGGCCACAUGUACACCAUCGCCAUUGGUCCCACCGACACAACCAGUUUCAUCAUCAAUUUCAUUUCGCCCGGCAGCCACAACGGUUUCGAAACCCUGACUGUGCGAUGGAAGAAUGCCACGAGGGAGGCGCUCACUCCCCGGAUCACUCCAGAGGAACUGAGGGACCGGGCCGAAUACAUCAUCAUUGAUUCCCUUGGGUCCCGUUUCUGCUAG